ACAGUAGCGAUCCUGCACUGGGGUAACACGAUUUUUCGCCGUAUUUACUUCCUUCAUUUACAUAGCCGCAACAAAUCCAAAUUUGUUAGGCUUCUUUCUUUAAUCUUAAAAAUUCCUUCAUAAAAGAGAGGAAAAGUUUAACUUGCUGUGGAUUUCUGGUUUUAAUUGUUACUUGUUUACAUAAAAAUUGCUUCUACAUAUACAGCCAUUCUUCUGAAACCAUCCCGAUAAACGUUCAUUGUCGUUAUAAAUUGUAUUAUAGGUGCUUUUCUCAUUUCUGAACGAGUAAACUAUCAUGGAUGGAAUGCAGAUGAAUUCCACCGGGGAUGUCCCUAUCGAGUAUGACUUUGAAAAUUAUGCUAAUCACAUGAACAAAUAUUUGUAUGCACACAUUGUUUGUAUGUUAAUUGCCUACGUUUUUAUUCUUCCAAGUGGUAUCGUUUUGGCCAUGGCCAAAAGCAAAGCCCAUAUUCCCGUUCAAGUGACCUACGUAUUAUUGACCCUUGUCGGCUACAUAUUUGCUCAUAUGUCUCAUCACCAUGCUUCUCAUACUGAUUAUUAUAAAGGAAAUAUUCAUCGUCCGGUAGGAAGAGUUUUCAUGUGGAUGACAUUUUUGAUUGUAGUAUUUGGUAUUGUUACAGCUUUUAUAAAACGUACGCUCUUAAAGGAUUCUUCUUCAAAUCAAUUCCUUGAUUCACCAUCAGUUGAUGGAAGGAAACCGGAACAACCAAUGAAGGAUACUCUGAGUUAUGGUGCACCUCUGUUAGAAAACGAAGACAGUCAAGAAGACUUGGAGUCAAAUUAUGAAGGCACAAGUCCUAGAGACAAUCAGUCGACAUUUGCUUUUACUAACUUGCGAAAAGCUGCUGCCCCAAAAGGAAAACUUGUUUUAUUAUCGGUGUUGCGUUAUACCCAUAGAAUUUUAGGACAUUUAUGGUUGUACUUGGGGUUCUUUGAAGUAUGUACUGGAAUUGUUUUAUUCGCCGGAAUUUUUAAAGGAAGUCAUAUUUUUAACGGUCUUGCCCAUUGGAUAAAGGGAGGCCUUUUCUUAUGGUACGGAAUUUUAUCUUUUGGAGAGUACCUUGGUGCCUUCGCUGAAUACGGAUGGGCAUGGAAUAUACGACCAAAAAUAAGUCAACGCGGGUUUAAACGAUUCGUCCCAAGCAAGGAAAUGGUCGAGUCUUCCAUUCUUUUCACUUACGGGAUUUCCAACGUUUGGUUAGAGCAUCUUGGUAAUACAGACGGGAUCUGGAAUCAUCACGAUUUGCAACAUGUCUCCAUUGCUUUUAUGCUCUGGUGGGCAGGCUUAUGUGGUAUUCUUGUUGAAUCAAACAUGGUUCGCAGAUUUUUGAACAAUAGCUUGUCUUAUGCCUUAAAUCAAUCUCCUCAUGAAGGAAGUUCUACUUCUGACGAGAGUCCAUCUGUUUCGUUAAAUCUUUUUCCUGCGGUAACUGUGUUUUUUACUGGUAUUAUGAUGUCGUCUCAUGAACAGAAAAGUCAAAUAUCUACCGUUAUCCAUGUUUAUUGGGGUCGAUUACUUUCAGCGGCAGCCGUUUCUCGUGCUUGCACAUACGCUUUACUUUAUUUGAAACGACCUAGUUCACCAUGGCCAACCCGUCCUCCAACAGAAAUCAUCACAAGCUUUUGCUUGAUCUGCGGAGGAAUAAUGUUUAUGGCAUCUACUUAUGAUGUGGUUAAUAAAAUUCGCGUCAAUGAGCUAUCUGCUAUGUUGCUCAUGAAUCUAAGUGUUGCCUUAACUUGUAUCAUUAUGGGUCUUGAGCUAUUCUUUUUAGGACUGAAAGGAUAUGCUCUUGUAAAACAAAAUUAAUUAAUGCUAACAUAAUGAAUGAAGGGCGUAACAUAACCGCCCUUUGUUGCCGCCUAUAGAUUGUAUUAACAUGGUGAAACAUGUUUUGCAGCACAACAACGGCAUUAACAUAACUAAAAUGACAAAAAAAAGUUCAAAAAAAAAAAUUUUAGACAAACCAAUUUCCUUAGUAAUAUUUUUUUAUUUGUUCAAAUAGAAUAUUUUUAAUAUCCAAGACAAGAUUCAACAAAUUCGAAUCUGCCCA